AUGCCUAAACUAGAAGAGAUUGAGGAUUAUGAAGAUAUCGACAACCUGGAUAUGGAUCUAGCGGAAGUAGAUCCUUCAUUAAGCACGCCGAUUGCACCAAAGAUUACACCUUCAGUAGUUAGAAGCCAGGACAUCGAAGAAAAGGCUCUUCAAGAUCAGUGGAAGUCAAUGACCGGCAAUAAUCAGAAUAAUACUUCUAAUAACAAAAACCAAAUCAAUUUUAUAAAUCCAAAGACUGGUCAAGUUGAACGUUCUGCCGGUAUGAGUAAACAAGAUUUACAAGAAAUUAAAAAAUUCCAAAUUCUAUACCCAUGUUAUUUUGAUAAGAAUAGAUCCCAUAAAGAAGGUAGACGAGUUCCAAAAGAAUUAGGCGUCGAAAAUCCUCUAGCAAAGACAAUGGCAGACGCGGUUCGUUCCUUAGGUUUAAUAUGUAUCUUUGAAGGUGAAAAAUGUCAUCCUCAAGAUUAUGGUAAUCCAGGUAGAAUCCGUAUUUUAAUUAAGGAAGAUGGGGAAUUAGCCCCCAAUGCUAAAAAUUAUAAAGGUGGUAAGAGACAGGUGAUGAGAGAGAUUGCACAAUAUUUACAACAACAUCCUACCACCAUCGCAGGCUUAAGGGAAAUUCCAUAUGGUCCUGAAUUUGAUGGUGUUGAAUUCAAAGAGAUUCCAAAGGUAAGAGGCUUCCAAAUGAAUAGCAUUGUACCACUACAUAGUCCAUUCUUAAUGGGUCAUCCAAUGACAAAGAGCAUAUAUGACGCGCCACCACCCAGUGCAGCCAUAACUAAUCCUGAAAAACCUAUGAAAAUGCCAAAAAAUAAGUAUAAGGUUAUUAGAAGGUAA